AUGAAUUUCGAAUUUCAACCUUUGAGUCCCGUUAGUGAUAACGACGAUUGGAUGAAAUAUAUCGAUUCUAACAUUAUUGAAAAUAAUUCAUUUCAAUCAACAAGAUCAAAUUCUUUUGAUUUUGAAAAUAAAGUUCCUUUAAGUAAUAUUACUUCUUAUUCAAGUAUUGAUGAACCUACUAUUAAGAAGGAAUCAAAUGAUGAUAGUUUAUCUUCAUCACCACAAUCAAAUUAUUCAAUCGAUUUAAACAUGGUAAAUAAUAAGUUGAAUUCUUAUGACUUUAGUUCAUUCAAUAUGAAUUUUAACAGUAUCAACAAUAUAAAUUCAAAUAGUAAUUUGGAUUCAGCUGUUAGUACUAAUUUGAAUUCAACAUUGAAUUCGUCAAUGAAUUCAAUCGAUUUGAAUGGUUCUAGAUCUACAAUUCACAAGAAGAAGAAAAGAGCUCCAAGAAAGAAGUUAACUACCAGUCAAAAGGCUGCCCAUAAUAUAAUUGAAAAAAAAUAUAGAAUUAAUAUCAAUACCAAGAUUGAAGGUUUACAAAGAUUAAUUCCAUGGUUAACUGGAGAAGAAACUGGUUUCAGAACAACAAAUUGUAAGAUUCAAAAUGAAGAUUGUAAAAAAUUGAAUAAAUCUUUAAUCUUAGACAAGGCUAUUGAAUAUAUUCAAUUUUUACAAAUUAAUGAAUCAAGAAUUUUGGAAGAAAACGACAAUUUGAAGAAACAAGUAAUCAAAUUAACUAAUAUAGUUAAUAACUAA